GUUAAGCUGGGCCAGUGGGCCAGCACCCGGAGGGACCUCUUCUCCGAGGCCUUCUGUGAUGAGUUUUCUAAGCUACACGUUGAGGUGAGCCCCCACCCGUGGGGCCACACGGACGAGCUCCUGAGGAAGGCCUUCGGCGAGGACUGGACGAGCAUCCUCAAGUUCCAAAGCCGGGAGCCGGUGGGCUCGGGCUGCGUCGCCCAGGUGUAUAAAGCUUAUGCUGACCUGACGGCUAUUGCCGGCUCCCAGGCCAAGGAGCUAGCGCGACGCUCGGAGUUCUGGUCCUCUUUCGAAGCGUGGGAAGUGUCAGGCUUUAGAGGCCUCUUCAGGUGGCUGAGGAGGAGGAAGAGCAAGGAGAUGUGGGACGAGAGGAGCCGGGAGGAGCUGAGCCCAGCAGACUGCUCCCGGGGAAGUCCUGUGAGUGGGGUGUCCGUUACGGAGCAGAUGGCGAAACCGCUCCUGAAUCCAAAUCCUUCAUCAGCCAGACAUCUCACGCCUGUAGCUAUUAAAGUCCUGCACCCUGGGCUGGUCCAUCAAGUCCAGAUGGAUCUGUUUCUCAUGAAGAUGGGCAGCCACAUCAUUGGACUUCUCCCUGGAUUCAAGUGGCUCAGUCUGACAGAGAUUGUGGAGGAGUUUGAGAAGCUUAUGAUUCAGCAGAUUGACUUGCGCUAUGAAGCCAGAAAUCUGGAGCGCUUCCGACAAAAUUUCCUAGAUGUCGAUUUUGUGAAGUUUCCAACUCCCCUUCGGCCUUUGGUAACGGCGGAUGUUCUAGUGGAAACAUUUGAGGAGAGUGAGCCUAUUUCACGCUACCUGCAUGCGGAGAUUGCCACAGAGCUGAGGCAGAGACUGGCAAAGAUGGGCAUGGACAUGCUCCUAAAGAUGAUCUUUGUUGACAACUUUGUCCACGCUGACCUGCACCCUGGGAACAUCCUGGUUCAAGGCACGGCCCAUGUCAGCACCAGCUGCAAGGAGCAGACAGCCAUUGUGGACCUGUGUGACACGCUCGUGGUGGAAGUGCAGCCGCCCCUCAGGCGGCUCUGCCUGGUGCUGCUGGACGCGGGGAUCGUGGCGGAGCUGCAGAGCGCUGACAUGCAGAACUUCCGGGCUGUUUUCACGGCUGUGGUCCAGGGCCAG